CCUUUAUCACUUGUGCUUAUCGUGGCUCCGGCAACUGAGCAAUAUGUAACAUUUUUCCUAAUUCAAUUUUCAAAUGGGAUCUAAUAUUGGGUGGGAAUAACAUUAAUUUAUUGGGAUUGGGUAUUAUUUUGUUUUAAAAUUAUUCGUGUAAGAAAAUGAUUAAAAAACCUGAAAUCGCAAGCAAGAAAGGAUCUUCCGACGUGAAAAUGCAACCAGGUAUUGUUUCAUCGAGUAAAGAAAAUCCAUCAUAUCAGGAGACCUUCGAUACGAGUCUACUGGUCGGACCGGUCUAUGUAAGCAGUACCAAUAGAAAGAAAGCGGUCAUCAAACAGGAGUUAUCGGACAUCACCAAACGUCUUCAUCAGACUCUGUACACAUACGACACAUUAGAUGAAUAUUCAGCGGAAGCUACCUCCAAAGAUUCAUACGUGUCCCAAGUACGAGAAAGGAUUAACAGCCUUGAAUCAGAAGAGAUGCGAGAUCAACUUAAUGUUUUCAUUGGACGAUACGAAGAAAUGUCAACAUCGGUUGCAACAGCGAACAAAGAACGAGACGAUCUUCUUCUAGAGUUGGCAGAUUGGUUCACUACAGAUCAUUCUAGCAUGGGAGACAGUUCUACAAUAAGCGAGAAAGAGGAAAUGGAACUCUCGAAAAGUUAUGCAGAGACUGUGGCCACAUUUGAAAAGCUGAAAAGAAUCCAAGAACAAAUGACUGCUGAUCCCAGCAAGAAAAACAAAAUAUUAGCAGCGUAAGAUUUUAUUCCGGAAACUCAUGUGUUUAAAAAGCAGCUCCAAAACCUCCUCCAACUUUUUUUUCCAGUCAGCAUACAAACCAUGAAGAUUCCUGGAGACACCACUGAUUUUUCUCCCUGGAAGGAUGCCGCUGAUGAAAUCGUGGGAAUGAUGAAGAAAGUCCGAGAAGAGAGCUCGGAAGAAGCAAAAGCUCUCUCUGCCAAAGUAUAUCAGCUGCUGAGUGAAUUAGAAAAGCAACAACAGAUCGUUAAGAGACUGAAUAAAGAAAUAAAGAGGGAGAAAAUUGUGAAAGGUCAGCUAGCUGAUGACUGCACUGAUCUUAAAGUCCAAUUAGUAGAAGCCACAGAAACUGUUAAAAGAUACAAAGAGGACUUAAAGAAAGCCAAAAAGUUCAUAGAGAAGCAGCUGAAAGAACUAGAGAGAAGAAAGAGGAAGGAGGAGAGCAAUGAGGAGGAGGAAGAGAGUGAAGAAGAGGAGGAGACCAAACAGAAACUAUCCAGUAUAGUGGCACAGCUGUCAGGGCGUGAUGAUGGUCCAAAAGAGAUGCCCAGUGACCCCUUCAUUCUGAGGACUCGAAUAAGGCAGCAGGAAGACACCAUUGAAGCUCUGAAAAAGGAACUCAAGGAAACAGAUCUGAAAGUGAGGGAAUUUGAACCUAGACUUGAAGCAAAGGAUGCAACUUUGACAGAGUUGGAAAAUGAGAACAAAAGCUUGAGCACAAAAGUGGAUGAAUUAAAUGCUGAUUUACUGGCCAAGGAAAAUGAGAUAAAGAAAUUAGCAGCUGCUGUCAAGAAGGCAUCAAGCAGGCCACCUCCUCCUUGUAAGAAAUGCAGUAGAGCUAAACCUGCUGUAACUCCUGAAAAGGUCCCUGGUGAUGAAAUAAAGGACACAACUGACCAGUUAAAGGCUAAAGAUGCUGAGAUAGAGCAGCUUACCCAUGUUGUCCAGCAAUACAAGAAACUGUUGGCCGAGACAGAAAUGAAAUUAAGUGAGGCAUUCCGAGAAAUUUCGGACCUGAGAUUGCUGCAGUCUGACCACAUCUUUCCUGACCAGAAACUUCCUGAAUUCGAGCCAAAACUGCCACCCUUUCAACAAUCGGUAGUGCCUGAACCUAGAAAGGAAGUUGAAAUGGAGGAAGGAGAAAGUGUUCAGGAAGUUCCCCCUGUACAGGAAGCUCCAAUAGAACCAACAGAAAUCCCAGCAGAGGAGGAAGAAACACCUGUAGAGCAGGAAGAGGAAAAUACAGAGGUGGAAGAUGUGGAGGAGGAGACUCAGGUGGAGAUAAAACGAGAAACUGUGAAAGCAGAAAAACCAAUCAAACCUAAAACAGCUGUUUUGCCUGUAGAAAAACAAAAGACUCAGCCGAAACGGCUCAGCAGAAAAGAGAAAACAAAACUGCCGUCUUUAGUUAGAGCCCCUACCAGGUUCUCCAGACAGGAUCCCAUCUCCACUGAGCAACCUGUGGAUCACGAGGCAGCAUCCCAGAGGGAGAAAGUCCUCGCCCAAGUCGGAGAUUUACAGAGCAGGAUGAAUGUGAUAUUAAACAUGGUUGCAGAUUUUGUGUCUUCUGUGAGUGGCAUGAUAUACAAAGAACCCAAGCACAAUGACUUUGAGAUGAUCUACAGAUCCUUCAAAAAGCACCAGAAGAAGAGGGCGAUGGAACAAGCCAUUAUGUCUGGAAGUCUGCAGAAAUACUAUGGGUCUGGUGGCAGAAAUACAUCAUAUGAUUACCACAGAAUUCAGAGGGCAGGGUCCUCAUUGAGUGGAGAAGAUUUGGGUCAGCAGAAUGUUUUAUUGUAUGGUUUCCACAGGUCAAAGUCAGACUUAGAUGUCCACAGCAAUUUUUCAUCAGAAUCUUUAACUACACAAUUUCUCAGGGAGAGAUCUCAAGUGUUCCUUACCCACACCCCAUCAGAGACACCCCAGGGGCGAAAAACUGCCCUGGGUCAUCAUCCGGUCAGUAGAGAGGAGGUCUCCAUAGCCAAGACCACCGUGCCAAAGAAGGGGCUCAUCAAACUGACCGCUCUGGAUAAUGAACGACAGAAUCCCCUCCUCUUUGAGAAAAAAGAAAAGGAGGUUUUACCGAUGGAAGCUGUUCGAGAACAACAAAGGAAACAACAGAAGUAUGAGAAGCAGAGAAAAAUGUUGAUCCGACGCAAAGACAUAAUGAACCAGGUCAACAUAGGCAGUCUUCACUUGGCGGAGGAGAAAGAAAAACAUGAUCUGGAAAUGCAGAUAGAAAACUACACAUUGGGAGAUCUCCAUCGUAACAUUAAUGAACUCACUAGCACAAUAAGGCAACCAUCUACAGAUAAUGUGAAGAGAGGGGGCAACAGAAUGUCCAAUACAAAGUCUCUUACCCCCCAGCCAAGAGGACUGGCCCUCCCGGCUAUUAACACCAUAAACCUGUUCUAGUGGGAGGUCCCAUGGGAACAACCAUGGCUUUCAAAUGUGCAAUUCACAUAUCUGAUGACUAAAUGGUCAUUAUUAUUUUCUUUCACUUCAGUAAUUGUAAAUUGUAUGUUAUGUUUUCCCUCAUUGUAUAUUGUGAAUUUACUUUAAUAAAAUUCUAUGCAUUUGUAAA